AUGAACGGGUACGCAGUCUGCUCCGAUGCCACCGCUCUCGCAUCCCCGGGAAGACCUCUGCUCCUGAGAGUGUGCGGGACGGUGGCCGCCAGCGAUGAGCUCACGGAGCUGGACGAAAGGAUUUUUCGAAACGAGGUCGAGCCGUGCCUGGAAAUCAUGACCGGCGGCAUCUUCCCCAAGGUGGUGGGCACGACGAGGCGGCUCGACGCUUGUGUUCGCGUCGAAGACACAGCCACGGUAUCCGUCGCUGGCACGACAGGACGGGUGAUCAUGAUCACGAAGCCGGUGGCGCCGGACGCGAACCGUAGGCCCGCAGGGCGCGACAUCCGGCUCGGGGAGCGAGUCUUCAAAAGGGGGGACGUCCUCGGCUCUUCGCACAUCAUGCCGUUGGCGUCGGUCGGGGUAUCAAAGAUCCGGGUCUUCAAAAGGCCGCGUGUCACAGUGUGGUCGACAGGGAAAGAAUUGGUGGUGGGAAAGGCCAGCGGUAUUCAGGAUGUCAACGGACCCGUCCUGAUGGCUGCGCUCCGCGAGGCCGGCGCGAACCCCACGUUCCUCGGGACGCUGCACGACAGUGAAGAAGCCGUCAGGGAGGCGCUACGGGACACAAUCGACGGGAGUGGGUUUGAAAAGGUCCUCACGACAGGUGGCGUCUCCGUCGGGAGGUUUGACUUUGUGGCUUCCUCGCUCGGCCAUCUUGGGGCGAAGACUCACUUCCACGGCGUAGCCAUGAGACCAGGACAUCCAGUUCUCCUUGCCCAGGUCCCCAGCCGGUCCCGCGACCUUCCGGUCUUUGGGCUGCCUGGUAACCCAGGUGCCACGGCAGCCUGCUUCCGGUUUCUCGUAGUUCCGUUCCUCAGGUCUUGGCAGCAUCAGACCGCCGAGACACCCAUCAUGGCGAAGUGCGUGGAAGACACAUCAGCGAACAGCAGUUGGGGGGGAAGCAGCAUCGCCGGGAAUUCCCCGCAUGACUUUGUUCCGACACGGAAUCUUGCGGCAAUACCAAGACGGAGACUUCGCGGUUGA